CUAUGCCCCUUGGUGCCCCGCCUGCCAGAACCUGCAGCCCGAGUGGGAGAAGUUUGCCGAGUGGGGCGAGGACCUGGAAGUGAACAUUGCCAAAGUGGAUGUGACGGAGCAGCCGGGAUUAAGUGGACGAUUUAUCAUAACAGCUCUUCCUACCAUCUAUCACUGUAAAGAUGGAGAGUUCAGGAGAUACCAGGGUGCAAGAACGAAAACUGAUUUCAUAAAUUUCAUCAGUGACCAGGAAUGGAAAUCUAUUGAACCAGUUUCAUCAUGGUUUGGUCCUUCCUCUUUCCUGAGGCUCAGCAUUCUUACUUUGUCUACUCGCAACGCUAUUUGA